AUUGGAUUUUCCCACAGCCGAACUGUGUCUUCUUUGCAGCGCCACCAGUCUCUGAAACCCACGACUCUUGAACAUCAGCAAAGGCCACCCACACCCACCAUUUUUGCUGUUCAAAUAAACAACAAUUAAAAAUCCCUCUUUCUUUAUAAUAAUUUUUCCUUUUUUAUAUAUAUUUAUAUAUAUUAAUCUGAUCUCAUCUGCUUCAUCCCCAUGUCUCCAGCUCGCAGAGCGCUUAUGUCGAGCAUGGCGAAUGCGAUGUCGCUGAGGCACGGACUCUCGCUACGGUGUCCCCAGUCAACUCCGCUAUCCUUGUUUGAUUUCCCUUCUUCUUCUNAGGAGGUGGAAACGCAGCUGGUUAUGCAGCUCGUACUUUUGUGGAGCAUGGUAUGGCUGACGGGAAACUUUGCAUUGUCUCUAAAGAGUUGCGGAAAUGGUGUAGUAUUAGCUCAUUCAGCACUUUGGGAUUCACAAGGAACAUGGGAUGAUAUCUGUGGAGUCCCCUUAUGUGUAUCUUACGUUGUGGCUCCAUAUGCUCCUUAUGAGCGGCCAGCAUUGACGAAAGGAUAUCUGUUCCCUCUGGAUAAAAAACCAGCACGAUUACCGGGCUUCCAUACUUGUGUUGGCUCUGGUGGGGAAAGACAGACUCCUGAAUGGUAUAAGGAGAAAGGGAUAGAGAUGUUGCAAGAAGAUCCUGUUGCAAGCAUCGAUACUGAGAAGCAAACCUUGAGAACAGAUUCAGGAAAAUUGCUGAAGUAUGGAUCACUAAUAAUUGCUACUGGAUGUACUGCAUCGAGGUUUCCAUAUAAAAUUGGAGGUAAUUUGCUAGGAGUUCAUUAUGUUCGAGACGUUGCAGAUGCUAAUUCCCUGAUAUCAUCACUGGAGAAGGCAAAGAAAGUUGUGGUUGUUGGUGGUGGCUAUAUAGGCAUGGAAGUUGCUGCAGCAGCUGUUGGUUGGAAAGUUGACACAACUAUUAUUUUUCCAGAAGACCAUCUGAUGACAAGAUUGUUUACACCUUCUCUGGCACAAAAGUACGAACAGUUAUACCAAGAUUAUGGUGUCAAAUUUCUUAAGGGUGCUUCAAUAAAGAACUUAGAAGCUGGUUCUGAUGGUCAUGUAGUUGGUGUCAAACUCGAGAAUGGUUGUACCAUUGAAGCAGACACGGUUGUCAUUGGUAUUGGAGCUAAGCCAGCUACUGGCCCCUUUGAAACGGUUGGUCUUAAUAAAACUGUGGGCGGAAUACAGGUUGAUGGACUGUUCAGAACAAGCAUACCCGGAAUUUUCGCCAUUGGUGAUGUUGCAGCUUUUCCAUUAAAGAUUUACAACCGAAUAGCACGAGUUGAACAUGUUGAUCAUGCCCGUAGGUCAGCGCAGCACUGUGUUAAGUCACUGCUGACUGCACACACUGAUACGUAUGACUACCUCCCAUACUUCUACUCUAGAGUAUUUGAAUAUGAAGGGAGCCCGAGGAAAGUAUGGUGGCAGUUCUUUGGAGACAACGUUGGGGAAACCAUUGAAAUUGGGAAUUUUGAUCCAAAAGUUGCCACUUUCUGGAUAGACUCUGGGAAGCUGAAAGGAGUUUUUCUUGAAAGUGGAAGCCCAGAGGAGUUCCAACUUCUUCCUAAACUUGCACGGAGCCAACCUUCCGUUGAUAAAACCAAGCUUCAGAAAGCAUCUUCAGUUGAGGAGGCAUUAGAAAUUGCCCAGGAGUCGUUAAGGGAUUGAAGUUGCAAUUUAGCAUUUUGCCACCUGAGUUUCUUGUGGGCUCCUUGAGCUACAAACAUCAUUUUCUCUGGUGCUAUUUGGGACCAUGGCUUUGCUCUAGAGUAGCCGUAUAUAGUCACUUGGCACAUCCUUGUAAUACGAAAUCCCACCACUUCCUACAGCUUAUGCCACAAAUUCAUAUCCGAAUAAAAGAUUGUAUAAUGAUCCUUUCAGAUGAACAAUAUUUUCUUAAAAUAAGGCUAGUUGUCAUUUUUUGUUGAGUAAAGGUAACUUGAGGUGGGAAUUUUGGGGAGUACAACAUAAGGAAUAAAUGCGGAAGGAAUAUCAGAUGGCAUUUUCAGAGUAUUGUAUUGAAUUCUCUCUGUAACAGCCACUCUUCCACUGCGAAGUUGAGAAAUGCUUUUUUCCUUUUGUUUUUAGAGUUUGCAUCACUUUCAUCACUCUGAGAAUCACUAUAAAUGAUCUGAUCCAUUUUUACUGUUUAGUAUUAUUUUGCCUACUCUGUAGAAUUGCUGUCCUGAAUAUGAAAAUAGAUCCUAAUAUGAGCUCAAUGUCUUUUUUUAGGUGGGC